AUGCGCCGUUUUAUGGCGGAACGAAAGCAGGAGUUUCUGAUGCGUGGGGAAUAUGACUCUUUUGCGGCACACAGAUUGGCGCUGAUGAAAGACGCAGUGGAAGCAUGCAAGGGUGUUAUUACGCGCCGACUCAUCUGGCGCUACGAGAGGCACUGCCUGCGUCAGUGUUUCGCUGCAGAAAGGGGCUUCGACAUGGAGCUGGACGUCCCGCGGGAAUCACUAGCGUGA